CACAGUUUUCGUUGUACGCACUACGCGAGGUGCGACAUAACCUCACUAGUGACAUCUUUUAGUUUAUAUUUUUGAUCUCUUUCAUCGAAUGUAACCAAGCGUAGAUGAAAUCAAGCCAAGCGUAAUUGUGUUCGCGACAAGUACUUAUCGUCAUUAUUGUUAUAUUUAGCCAUGAGUUGCAAUGAUGGCGAAGAUGAGCGUCCUGUUACACCCCUGGAAUCAGACUGUUGUGGAUACGGGUGUAAUCCUUGUAUACAUGACGUUCAUCGAGAUUUGAUUGAUAAAUGGGAGAGAAGACGGAUAUCAAAAGCAGGGUUUUCUGUCCGAAAGAAUGUUUUAUCGCUUACAAAAUACAAACCUUUUGUCAUUUCCGAAUUAAAACAAGCCUGCGCUAAUUGUAUUUUCAUCCGAUUGAACUACGGAGGUUUAGAAGAUGCAGAUACACAAUUAUUUUUAAGUCCUGGUCAACAUGUGAUACUGCGUACCUCAAUCUCAUCGAGACCCUACACCCCAAUAUCAUGGACUACUAACUCGUUACUUCUCUUAGUUAAAAUAUAUUCUAAUGGAAAAUUUAGCAAAUCUUUAGGACAAAUGAAAGUUGGUGAAGAUAUCGAAGUUAGAGGCCCUUAUGGAGAAUUUCGUUAUCAGCCUAAUAGCUUUGAAGAAAUCCUUAUGCUCAGUAUUGGAACUGGUAUAGCAGCCCUGUAUCCAAUUGCAAAAUCAAUAGUCGAUGACGAAUUGGAAGAAAGCAGGAUACAUUUGAUAUGCGGAUUCAAGUCGCAUGCUCACAUCCCUUUGGCCAACGAAUUGCGUGACUUGUCACAUUAUUGGAACUUUUCUUGUACAAUUAAACUAUCCCAAAUAGAUAGCGCUAAAAGAAUAAACGGCGUUAGAAUAGAGAGCAGUCACUUAGAGGAGAACACUGUAACAAGAUUCUUAGAAUCUCGGUCACCAAAAUCUACUCUAGUGCUAAUUUGUGGUACUCCAGAGUUUAAUAAAGCUGCUACUCAAUGGAUUUCAGCUUUAAAAUUUAUCAAUUUUCACGUUUUUGAUUGAUGAUGAAUACUCUAGGUUUAUCAAUUGAAAUCUUAUAAAUUAAUUUUAUCUUAUAUAUAGAUGAGUAUAUUUUUCAUAGAUAAUCCAUUGAAGUCUUAAGGAAAAUAGUAUAUUAACGAAAGUCACCUGACUUAUUGACUUUCAAGGGAAUUGGGGAAGUGGAUGAAUACAUGUUGAAAAACUGACGAGUAAUGUCAGUGUCACGGUAAUAAACUCUUAAAUUAUUGACAA